AUGACGUGCGGGGCUCGGAGGCGGAACGUGGUGCCGCCCGCGCUGCGCAGCGGGCGGGGCGACGGUAGCUGGCCCCCGCUGGGCGAGCGGCGCAGGCGUUGGCGAUGGCGACAUGGGGCUGGCGGGAGCAGAAGGCGCUCGCAGGUCGUGACGGGGGCUCACGAAUUGGCGGAGCGAAGUCAGCGAUGGCGGGAGGGCGGGGGAGGGGGAGCGGAAGGGGGGAGGGGGCGAUGGUCGAAGAGGAGGAGGAGGAGGAGGUAUGUUGAUGAAGAAGAAGGCGGGGGGCUGGCAGGGACGAGGAGGUCGGGGUCGAGGACGAGGAGGUGGUGGAGAAGAAAAGAGAGGCGAGGCCGCGAGAGAAUGUGGGAGAGUUGUAGUAGUAGUAGACGUAGCUGUAGGAGGAGCCGAGUGAGGGAGCGCGAGUGUGAGGGAGGGAGCGAGCGAGAGGAUUGGAGUGCGAGUUGUGGAGGGAUUGGGAGUGGAGGGAGCGCGAGCGAGGGCGGAGAGAUGAGGAGGAGGCGAGGCCGCGAGAAGAGAGGGAGGAUGAAGGCAGGGCCGCGCAGAGGCGAGGAUCGCACAGGGAAGUGA